AAAAAAAAAAUCAAGGCCAAAACGAAGUUCUGCCUCUAUUCCGUCUUCUAACGACAGAACGCGCAGCUCUAUACCAUUGCUUCAAAACGACCUCUCUCUCUCUCUCUCUCUAAAAAAAUUUCCAGCUCAUCAAAAAGUAUGUAUGUUUCAUCCUGAGCUGGUCCACAUGAUUUUCUGAGGUUUAUCCACAGCCAUUGAAGCCGGAGAUUUUCCGACCAUGACCUCCAUCACUUCCGUCGAAUUGAACUACCUCGUCUUUCGUUACCUUCAAGAGUCAGGUUUCACCCAUUCAGCUUUUGCAUUAGGAUAUGAAGCCAGCAUCAAUAAAUGUCCCAUUGAUGGCAAUUUGGUUCCACCUGGUGCACUUAUUACAUUUGUGCAGAAAGGGCUUCAAUAUUUGGAGAUGGAAGCAAACUUGAGUAAUAAUGACACAGAUUUGGAUGAAGAUUUCUCAUUCUUACAACCCCUAGAUCUCAUUACCAAGGAUGUAUCUCAACUAAGGCAAAUGAUAAGAGAAAAACGGAGAAUUUUGCAGAAGGACAGAGAUAAAGAUAAAGACAAGGAGAUUGACAAGGAACAGGAAGGAGAACGUGGACAGGUUAGAGAGAAGGCAAGGCAUGAAAGGGAGAAAGAACGUGAAAAGGACAAAGAGAGGAUAGAAAAUGAUAAAGAGCGAGAAAAGCAGCAUGGGGAACUUAAUGACAGAGAUAUGGUAUCAGAUCAAGAAGAUAAGGUGAUUGUUAAGCAGGAAGAAAAUGGAGUAACUGGCGUUAGAGUUGAAGGACCAGAACCAAUGGAUAUCGCUAUGACUUCAACACCCCAAGCAUGUGAAAUCCCUCUUUCUGAAGUGACAAUUUUGGAAGGACAUACUUCUGAGGUUUGUGCUUGUGCAUGGAGUCCAACAGGUUCUCUUCUUGCAUCGGGGUCUGGAGAUUCAACAGCUCGUAUUUGGACCAUAGCAGAUGGAAGAUCUAGUCUGCAAAACAGUCCAGUUAACGUUUUGGUGCUGAAGCAUGUGAAGGGUAGGACAAAUGAGAAGAGUAAAGAUGUCACAACACUUGAUUGGAAUGGUGAGGGAACGCUGCUUGCAACAGGUUCAUAUGAUGGGCAAGCUAGAAUUUGGAAUACAAAUGGUGAACUAAGGAGUACUUUGAGCAAACAUAAAGGUCCUAUAUUUUCUCUGAAGUGGAACAAAAAGGGUGAUUAUCUUCUUACUGGAAGCUGUGAUAAAACUGCAAUUGUGUGGGAUGUGAAAUCUGAGGAAUGGAAACAGCAGUUUGAAUUCCAUUCAGGUCCAACACUUGAUGUGGAUUGGCGAACGAAUGUUUCAUUUGCAACAAGCUCCACAGACACUAUGAUAUAUGUCUGCAAGAUUGGCGAAUCUCGCCCUCUCAAAACUUUUGCAGGGCAUCAGGGGGAAGUUAAUUGUGUCAAAUGGGAUCCAACUGGUUCAUUACUAGCUUCAUGUUCGGAUGAUAUUACUGCAAAGAUAUGGAGUAUUAAGCAGGACAGAUAUGUUCAUGAUUUAAGAGAUCAUUCGAAGGAAAUAUAUACUAUCCGAUGGAGUCCCACAGGGCCAGGCACAAACAAUCCUAACCACAAGUUAGUGCUUGCAAGUGCAUCAUUUGACUCGACUGUGAAGUUGUGGGAUGUGGAACUUGGGAAACUUCUCUACAGCUUGAAUGGACACAGGGAUCCUGUAUAUUCUGUUGCCUUUAGCCCGAAUGGAGAAUAUUUGGCCAGUGGAUCUCUUGAUAAAUCCAUGCACAUCUGGUCACUGAAGGAAGGCAAAAUCGUGAAGACAUACACUGGCAACGGUGGCAUAUUUGAAGUAUGUUGGAACAAGGAAGGUGACAAAAUCGCUGCUUGCUUUGCCAACAAUACAGUUUGUGUUUUGGACUUCAGAAUGUAAUUUUGAAAGGUGCCCCAUUGAACAUGGCUGGAAUGUAGCUGUGUUUCAAUGUUUAGCAGUAGAUGAGAUGUGGGAAAAAAAAAAAAUGUUUAUUUUAGGUGGGUAGGCUGCUUUUUAACCAUAGGUUGCAGAAUACUGAUUGUGAUUGCUGUUUUCAAGUUAAGAGUUCCUCGCUUAAUUGUCAACGAGGCAUUGGACUUAUGUACAGAAUUGUUUAAUUUUAUGACAUCUAAUUGCCCAUUGCUAGCC